AAGACGCGUCCGGCCGAGGUGGAGAGGGCAGGGUGAAGAAAGCUGAUGUGAGCACGUUCUCACAGGACCCUGGAGAAGAGGUUGUGCAAAUGGAGGUGACCCCAAAGAAGCAGCAUCAGAAGCGUAUAUCCUGGAAUGACAUUGACAAGAAUGCCCAGAUGCUAAUUCCUACUCCGGAUAACGAUGAGGAUUCACUUGAUCACUCUCACUUUAGAUGUCAGAGUGUUUGGACCAGACCUUGCCCAUUACCAGUUCUAGACUGGGCCAACAGUGAUGAUGUAUGGGCAGACAUGAUGAACAAAGACCAGAUGUACACGAGGGAUAAAUUUUAUAUGCUAAGGCACCCUCUCCUGCAACCUGAAAUGAGAACAACCCUUCUAGACUGGCUAAUGAAGAUUUGUGAAACCUUCAAGCUUCAUUGACAAACGUUUUAUUUAGCACAAGAUUUCUUAGAUCGGAUUAUGGCAAUGAAAAAGAAUGUGACAAAAACACAAAUGCAGCUUAUUGGUGUCUCUUCUUUAUUCAUAGCAGCAAAGCUUGAGGAAGCCUGCCCACCCAAGGUGCAGCAGUUGGCCUAUGUUACACAUGGAGUCUGUACAGAAAAUGAAAUCAUCCAUAUGGAAAUGGCCCUUUUGAAGGUUCUUAAAUGGAACUUGCAUCCAGUGACAGUUGUGUCAUGGCUAAACACUUACUUGCAAACUGCAUAUUUAAAUGAGACUUACUCGGUGAUGCUGCCACAAUAUCCUCAGGAAAUAUUUGUACAAAUCAUGGAGCUCUUGGAUCUCUGUGUGCUGGAUAUUGGCUGCUUGGAAUACAACAAUGGAAUAUUCGCAGCUUCUGCUUUGUGCCACUUCUUGUCCUUUCAGCUGAUGCAAAAAGUUUCAGGUUAUGAGAAACAUGAGGUAGAGGCAUGUGUGAAGUGGAUGGUCCCGUUUGCCAUGGCGAUACAGGAAAUAGGAAGCUCCAAACUCAAACCCUUUAGUGGAAUAGCUCCUGACCAUUCACACGAGAUACAGACACACAUAAACAGCUUUGAUUUGCUGGACAGAGCUCAAGCAAAACAAGCCAUAUUGGCUGAGCAAAAUAAGACUUCACUUUUUCCCACUGGCAUCUUUACACCACCACAAAGUAGCAAGAAACAAUCUUCUGACAUGCCUGUUCUGCUGGUUCUAGCUCCUGCUCCAUUACAGAAAUGCUGCCAGUGA